AAUCACAAACUACUAUUAUCAAAGUUUAUGAUAUUUAGUACUGAGUUGUUAUAGUUAUUAGGUGGUUUGACUAAUCAUUUGAAUUGAAUGGGUUUAAUCCAAACUUCAAUAACUCAAAAACAAGUUGGCAUAUAAGUAAGGUCAACUUAGAUGUAGCGGAAAGUUCAAGAAUAAAAAGCUUAAUGGCGCCGUUAAACAGCCAAGGUAUAAUUGUACACAUUUAAAUAUUGAGACUAAUAUUCAAAUAGUUGGGGCCCAUAAAAUGUAUUUUACAUUUACAACCCAGUAGAGGGUUUCUCUAUCAGAACAGACAGGAAGUGAAACAUCAUUAGAAAGCUAGAUCUGUUACCCAUACCAUAUACCCCUCCCCCUUUUUAUUUCUCUAAAAGCUACAAAAUUCAAAGAGUAGAAUCAGAGAAAAACCUACCGAAAGUAUCCUGUAUUAAUUACACAGGGCCUUAUGCUCUUCGUUAAUAUCUUUUAUUGAACUCUUACUGUGUUGAAUUUAAACCUGAGCUUCCAGUGUCCAUUGAGGUAGACUUGCAUAAACAGUUUUUACGAUGCCUAUCCCAAGAGGUCACACAUGGCAGAGUUGGAAAUGGGACACAGUCUCAAAGUCUCCCGAUGCACAUGUGUCUCAAUGUGGCCAGGCUGUUUACUUCCACAUCAGCCCACUGCUGGAGAGCGAAGGCACUGCAGCUGUGCGAGGAAAUAAAGGUUUCACUCAUGGUGAGCACUACUGGGAGAUCGAGUUCCUGGAACCUCCAUAUGGCACGUCUGUGAUGGUGGGAGUUGGUACCCAGAAUGCACCUCUGCAUGCAGAUCACCAGUUCAUCAACCUUAUAGGUAUGGACGCUGAAGGUUGGGGUUUGUCAUAUAAAGGCGUUCUCUGGCACAACGGGAAGAGUAAGAAAUACACAGAACCAUUCUAUGAGAUAAACACAGUCAUCGGGGUUCUGCUGGACUGCAGCGCAGGAACAUUAACAUUCUACCGCAACGGAGAGAACCUCGGCCUGGCCUUCUCUGACCUCACUCAGGUUAGUGGUGCUUUGUAUCCGAUGGUGAGCUCCACAACCCCAGAGACCGAGCUGCAGCUGGGCAUCAGAUCAUCUCGCCUCUCCUCCCUACAGGAACUCUGCAUACACACCAUCACACACUGCCUCAGCCCUGGAUACACACAUGCACUGCCCUUACCUACUGCAUUAUGUUGCCAAAUAUGCAACUACAACACAGACAUAUAACACCACACACUGUAUACACAAUAUCACACACAUGCUGUGCUGCUCAUGCCUAAUGCACUCAUAGAUACAUGACCUGGGAUUUGUUUUCAUGUUUUCAUCAAUAAGCUGAGUAAAGCUAUUAAACAAUUGUUCGUAUGACUUUGAAAGAAAAUUCUAAAUAUAGCUUACAAUUAUGCAUUCAGGUAACGAUAACAACAAGCCAAAUAUUAAAGCUCCAAAUACUGAACUGCAUUUAAUCCCUUUUAUUUUAAGAUCUUAAUCAUCUGAAUUUAUUCAUUGAUUACUGCAGGGCAUACUACUAUACAAACAUGAUCUAUGUUCACAAAAACCCUCUACAACACUAAAUACCACUGUAUACAUUUUAUUACUCAUAUACCAUUUAUUACCACAUUUACAAAAGUACUGUAGAUCUGAAAAGAAUUACACAAACAGUGAAGACGGAAGCUAAAACCUUCACACGGAAGAAAGCAGCUUUCCACCUAGAAAGUAGAAAUACAGAUAUCCACAGCACAGGUGAUCUGGAUGGCACUGGGUUGAGAUUUACAACAAAAAGGCACAAAGUUCACAGAUCCGAGCAGAGGAAGGAGGCUCAAGUGGCUAUAAUCUAUAACAACAUAAUCUAAUGGCUAAAACUUCAAUAAGGCACACAAACACAUGGGCUUUGGGAAGGUUCACUGAACGUUUUAACUACUGUUAUGCCAAAAUGUACAUACACAAAUUGGAGGUUGAUGUACAUACACAGUAAACAAUUACAUUUCAAUAUGGAGGCAUAUGACACUGCACUGAGAUCAAGUAAAACCCUGUUCAUCCAUGUGUGCAUGGGUGGAGUCCUGCUCUGUUUCCUAAAAACAGCAAAGUGCAUUAUGGGUAUUCUGUACCUUCUGGACACUUGCAUAUUGCGGUGCAUUGUAGGGUUUCAUGAAUGCACAGGAUAUUUUCCACUAGACUUCAAAACUCACAAAAUGGUGCACUACAUAGUGACUAGGGACUGGAUUUUAAACUUCAUGAGAAAAAGCAAACCACUGUGCAAAUAUUUAGCCAUCUUUCCCUACUACUGUGGAAAUGAAAUAGAGAAUAAAGGCAGUUCCUUUCAGUAGAAAGCACCCUGUACUCAGCAUGCAGGUGUAGUGCUCAUGUUCGUGGAAACACAGGGAAUGUUUCAUGUCAUUUUUUUUCUGUGUGAGAAUAAACAGGAUAAUAUAUGGAUGAUA